CACAUUUGGAGGAAGGUAGUCUUUUUACAGCGACAGAUUUGCUACUUGGAGUCCAGCUUGGAGCUGAUCUUUGCAUAUCAGUGUUUUUUUUCAAACAUUCAUGAACUUCUAAGCAACAUUUCAAAGGCGGAACAGGUAUUGAGAUUCAAAUUGAGAUUCAAUUGGCUGGAAGAUCAAGAGUUCAAGAAUUAUGAGUUCUAAAAUUCAUGAUGGCAGUACUUAAAUAAGAGAUAAGAACCACAGAAGCAUCCCAAGAAGUCAUGUUACGGAAAAAGUUAGUGGCAGCACAGAAACGAGGGGAGACCAGGGCCCUAUGGCUAGGUUUGGGAAUGAUGGCCUGCUCAGCAAUGAUGUAUCUUUUUAUUGGUAUCGUCCUGGUGUAUUUACAUAGAAGAAGUGUCUGGGCUGAUGAAAGUGAAUGUGAUGUAGUAAAAGCUAACAUCAAGGAAGACCAAUGUUCAUUCAUUGAAGGCUCUGAGGAUAAAUAUAUUUUUCACUAUCCUUGUCUGGAAGUCUAUGUGAAUUUAACCCAUUUAGGCCAAGUAGUAAUGCUGUACCACACAGAGCAAACUGUGGAAAGAAAUCCCAAGUGCUCUUAUAUCCCCCUUGUUAUGGGGAAUUAUGAACAAGCUCAGCAGCAAGUAGAAGAGGCAAGAGAUUAUUUCAGAAUGCAUCAGAGGAUUCCUUGCCAUUAUGACCCAUCAAGAGAAGAAAAGAGUGUCCUUUUCAAGAGAUUGUACCCACCAGAAGGCUUUCUAAUUGCUUUUGCCUGUCCAAGUAUGCUGUUGAUUGGUGGGAUCUUGAUAGUCAUCUUGGUAAAACUAAAUCAGUAUCUUGCCUUAGUCUCUGCUAGACAACGCAGAACAGUCAUGUAGCUUUUUCUAACUAAGAUCUGGACUUUGUAUUCACCUUUGCACAGAUGAUGUCUUGCAGCCACCCAGCUUACGUGGUAUUUCUUACAACCUCUUUUUUGUGACGUGAUGAUGAUCUGGUUAUGAUACCUGUCACCCCAUUGAUCACCAGAAUUGAUUCAGAUGAACUUCUUUUUAGAUGUUGUAAAACUUGAUGUCAAACUAUAACAUAAAAAUGAAUAUAAUGAUUUCUUCUUAAUAAAUGUUGAAGAAUUUAAGAUUUUACCCACGUAGCAUUUUCUAAAUCCCUCAAGUAUUCAAUACUUUCGACCCAUAUGAAAACUAGUUCUUUUUCAUCUAAGUUUCAGUCAAGUAUUUAAUCCAAUAUUGGAUUGGCUGUUCAAAAGUGUUACCCUUUGCAAAAGCAAUGUACAUUUAUACAUUAUUCUGAAUUUUUUUCAUCAUUAAUCUUAUUCACAGUCUUCAACUCCCCAAAUCUGUCCUUUUAAAAGGUAUACCAUUUAAUCCUGCAAUGCUAAAAUACAAAUCAAGCCAUGAAUGAUUUCUACUGAAUUAUAUCUUUGAGGAGAGGCAAGAUAAUUUAACAUUAAUUAAACCUAAGUAAAUAAAUUAUUCUAAAAACCUAAACAAGCUCUGAUUUAUUAAUUAAUAAGAAAAAGUGUAAGUACAUUUCUAUUUUGAAUAACAUAGUUCUACUUUGAAUAACAUAGUUCUAUAAUUUAUUCCAUUACCUUUUGCAAUCUUAAAUUAAGAGGUAUAAUUCCAAUACGUAGUCUUUUAUUUUGUUCAAAAUAUUUUUCUAAUUGUUUUUAAAUUGUUCCCUGUGUGCCCUUGUAUGUUGAUAUGCAG